GUCGUGACGUCAUCGUCGAGAAGUUUAAAUUUCAGUUAAGCAGUGUCGUCGUGAAUCGUGAUGUUCGGUGUGGUUCCCCAGUUGUUUUGAAGGUUGAUUUGACCUUUUGAGUUCAACAUGUCAGAUAACAUCCUCGUUGCCGUGCGGCUGCGGCCACUGAUACAGAGAGAAGUUACAGAUAAUUCGGCCAUCCACUGGCAGUUAGGUGAAGGGAACACCUUAUUAAUUCAGAUUGAUCCUCAUACACGGAAAGCAUUAUGCCCUCCUUAUAAAUUUGAUCGUGUUUUUGGCAUGGACUAUGAAAAUGCAGACAUAUUUUUUGAAGUUGCGCAGGGCAUCGUUGAAUCUGCUCUUGCAGGAUUCAAUGGUACAAUAUUUGCCUACGGUCAGACAUCAUCAGGGAAGACGUACACAAUGAUGGGCGAGAAGAGUAGUCCUGGAAUAAUUCCACUGGCCAUACAGAAUAUUUUUAAUAGCAUUGAGAACAACCCUGAUCGCGAAUACCUUAUAAGAGUGUCUUUCAUGGAAAUAUACAAUGAAGCCAUAACCGAUUUGCUUGCUGCUCGGGACCCAAGAGGUAAAGGCCUAACGGUUCGAGAAGAUCCAUCAGGCACCGUUUAUGUAGUUGACCUGAAAGAGGAGUGUGUCAGUUCUGAAGAAAUGCUACUGUCACUGAUGAGAGCUGGGAGCAAGAAUCGUCAUGUGGGUGCGACAAAUAUGAAUGACAAAAGCUCCCGAUCCCACACCAUUUUCCGCCUGAUUAUAGAGUCUCGGGAGAGGGGUGAAAGCAACAAUGCAGACGAAGCCAUUACAGUAUCGCACUUGAACUUAGUGGAUCUUGCCGGUUCAGAAAAUGCUUCACAAACAGGAGCGACUGGAGAAAGAUUAAAGGAAGGAGGUUUCAUAAACAAAUCCCUCUUUAUGUUGGGACGUGUCAUUUCUCAACUCAGUGAAGGAGACGCAUUUGUGAAUUUCCGUGACUCCAAGCUCACCCGUAUUCUCCAGUCGUCACUGGGUGGAAAUGCAAAGACUGCUAUUGUAUGUAAUGUCACCCCAGUUGGCAUUGAUCAGACUCAUUCCACAUUAAGGUUUGCAUCUCGAGCAAAAUCCAUCAAAAACACAGUCAUUAAUGAGGUCUUAUCAGAAGCGGCGCUGCUCAAACGUUACGCCAAAGAGAUCAAGAAUUUGCAGAUGUCUCUUGACAGGGAGCGCAAUACCGACAGAGCUCAAGAAGUUGAACAGGUUCGGGAGAUGCUUGAUGAGAAGGAUCGUAUAAACAAGGAACUAGUUAAAAAGAUCAACGACCUGAAAACAAAGUUAAUAGUGUCAAGCCAUCCCAGAGAAGCAAAAGAUGACAAGAAGAAGAAGUUGAGACGAGAAACAUGGGCGGCACCUCGAGCUUUGCGAGCGAUGAGGCAAAGCAUGGCUCCCGUCAGCAUUGAACCAGUCAGAUUCGACAGCAAUUUCCUGGAACCUAGACUUCCUUCGUUGGGACUACGGAAGAUCUCAGAAGAAUCCUCGGGGCGUUCGGAUGGCAACGAUUCAGAUCUGUCAACCAUUUCAGAUGGUUUUGGAACGAGAGAAGUCAGCUUUAUCAACGAUUUGGCUGAGCAGUCCAAACUUGAAAAGUUAGAAAGCAGUUUUGACGGUUUAGAUGGUUCCUUUCUCAAACCAUGGAGAAGAGUGCAUUUCAAGCUCAAUAAUUAUGAGGAUGCUGAAUGCCAAACGGAAGAAAGCCUGCUUCCUUCCUUAAAAUUACCUCUGCGUCCUCAAACUCCAACUACACCAGGCACACCUGCUUCUGUCCUUCGGCUGAGGAACAGGGAACUGAUGGAAGCCUUGAGCAAAAAGGAGGAUUGGUUGAAUGAAUGGGGAAAAGAGAUGAAAACCCAGUCAGAAUUUCAUAGAGAUGAACUGGCCUUAAGGGAGGAAAGCUUCCAGCUCAAGUUGGUCGAAGGUCCUGUGGACUAUGAGAAGCUAGAAGAGAAAGAGAGAGAAAUUGCAUACCUCCAGCAUUCGCUUUCUGAUUCAGAAGCUCUGUUGCUGGAUGCCAAUCGAAGCUUGUCUAAAAUGAACCAAGAAGUUGCCCAGCUCCAAGAGCAAGUACAGACCCUCUUGCCUAAAAGUUUAAGACUGAUUGAGGUUGAAAAGGAGGUCAGUGUUCUGCAGAGUAAAUAUGAAGAAAUUUCAAGGACCUUGAAGAGUAAAGAAGAAAGAUUAAGCCAGCUUGAAAACGAAAGAAAUGACUUUGACAUGAUGAUGGAAUUGGCACUGGAGAAGCAGAGGGUCAAAGAAAGAGACCUAAGGAGAAGUUUAGACGAUGCUUGGAGAGAGAUAGCAGAACAUGAAAAAGGUAAUGUUGAGGAAGUAAAGAAUAGGCAUCACCGAAUGAGCACGUUGGAGGCUGAACUUACUGAGCUUCGAAAAUUCAAGGUAGAUUUUGAUCAGGAUGAGCUUGAGAAACAGUUAAAAGUUGCGCUGGAGAAGCAGCAAGAAUACGAAAAACAAUUAAAUGAGCAGUCGGCUCGGUUAUCACAGGUCUCCAGUCUUGAAGAGAAGGUGGAGAAAAUGGAAGCCCAAGUAUCUGAGAUUGAAAUUCUGAAAACUGAACUUUACAAAGCUGAGGAUCUUGUGAAGAUGUUUGAAAAGGAAAAUGUAACAUUGAAGAGUGAUAUUGAACUCUUACAGUCAGCGCUGAAACAAAAGGAAGGCUCUGAAGAAACAAAGCGUAUUCAAGAACUGGAAUUAGAGGUUGAGAUGCUGAGAGAAAAAUUAGAGGGCGUAGAAAAUGCUGAUUCCACAUUUGGAAGUAAUCCUCUAAGCCAACCAGACACCAAUGUCACGUCGAGGAUUUCACGCAAGCUCUCCGAGACUCUGCAGGUACUCGAGGAAUCUAUGCUGAUGCCUACUACACCAGGGAAAAACUCAACCAGUUUUUGUGAGACAUUUAUUCAGUCUUACGAUGUGGAAGCAAUCAAACAGCAAUUGUUGGACUUACAAGCUGCCCUGGUAGCCCAAGAACUACAAUAUCAGAGUCCAAAAGAUCCUCAAGAUUACUGUAAAGAUGCACUUCUUCAUCAGAUGAUAUGUAAUGAGAUGGUAGCAGAGGCAUCAGCAGAAAUGAAUCUGUGGAAACUUACAGAGUCAUUUUAUUUUGACUAUUUGUCCCACUUCACUCCUGCCUUUGACAAAAAACCAGCUGCUGUGGAAGACAAAUUCUCACCUUCUGUGCCUGACAGAUGCACAAGUGUAAUUCCUGACAAUAAGAUUAAACAGAGCACCACUACUACAUUUUCUGUUGGCAAUGCAUACAAGAAAUGUAGCACUCUGGAGAGAAGUCCAUCCCAGGAUUUGCAAGGCGAUGCUCUUAAUGCUUCAAUUUUGCCAUCAGAUGAUGGGACAGCAUCAAGUGCUAGUAUGGAAAUGACUUUAAAUGAUUGCUUUGAAGUGUCCAUGUUAGAUACCAUACCUGUUGGAAAUGAAGAACUUUUAACACUGAAAGAACAGCUAAAGAUACUGAAGGAAGAGAAUGGCCACUUAGUUUCUCAGGUUGAACAGUUGAAGAAGGAACUGGAUUCAGGUUCAGAUAAGAAACACGAAGAAACUGUUGACAGUUUGAAUGAUUCUGUUUUACCGCCUGUCAAGCCUCGCUGUGGAGCACUUUCCCUUGCGGAUGAAUUGCGUGAUGCUGGUAUGAAUGGUACAUUCUGUAAUGACACUUUUGAGACGUCAGUUUUGGAGAUGGAGAUUAAUCCUGCACAAGAAAAUGAAACAUUAAAGCAACGUAUUGAAUUGCUUAGUUCUGAAAACUCUUCUCUUCAGAACAAAGUCUUACAGCUACAAAUCCAGUUGGGCUGUGUAAACGAUUCAGACUCUUCUGGUGAGGCAUCAGCACCACCACCUAUUAGCCAGUAUGAUUUGAAGACCAUGGAGGCAGAACUCGAAAAGCUUCAGUCUGAAAAGAGCAUUGCAGAGCUAGAGGUGAAGAAAUUGCGUGAAGAACUUAGCAGUGCUAGACUAGCAGAAGAGGAAGCACACAGUUUGCGUUGGCAAGUGGAAUCGUUAAAAGAGGAAAAAUCUGAUUUGGAAGAGGAAGUAAGAUUGUACGAAUCUGGAUAUAAUGCAUCCAGUGCAGAUAGUGAUACUGCUGUCACAAAGGAAACAAAUGAACAAGACCUCAGCCACAUACAGAAAGAAAUGGAAGAAAAGAUGAUCUGUGAACAGUUGAGGGAAGAUUUGGAUGCCAAAACUAAGGAGUUGGUUGAGAGCCAAGCUUUGGUCAUUGAUCUUAGAGGCAAGGACAGUGAGUUGGAAUCGAUCAAAGCAGACCUCAGCCACAAAGAAGAACUGUUAAGAAAAGCAGAGAAGAACAUGGAAGAGUUGAAAGAGGAGUUAAAUGAGAAAACUACAGCUUUGGAAGAGGCUAAGUCUCUGCUUGUGGACCUUCAGGAUAAGAACAGCAAAGAGCAGCCCAAAGAGAAGACUCCUUUAGAAGCUAACAAGAGUGAGGUCGAUCUUGCUCAGGAAAGGAUUCGGCUGUUAGAACAAGAACUUGAAACCCAGAAGAAGUCCACAGAAGAAAAAAUUGCAAGCAUUUUAGAUGAGAAAGAAAGUGAAUUAGAGAGUGUAAUAACAAACUUCAUGGAAAAGGAGGAAACAUUCGAGAGAAAAAUAAAAGACUUGGUGGAAGAACAAAAAAAACCUUCAGUCGAAAUGGAAAAGGAAGACUUAAAACAGAAGUGCUCUUCUCUUGAAGUUAUCAUUGAAAAUUUGGAGUCUACACUCGCCAAGAAAGGGGCAGAGCUUUUGGCACUGGAAGAAACAUGUGAGAAAAUUCAGAAAGACCUAUCUGAUGUCACCCAGCAACAUAGUAAUCAGAUGAAAGAGAUGACUGAAAAACUUUAUGCCUUUGAAGAAAGAUGUUGUUCUCAGUUCAAUGAAAUGGAAGCCCUUAGGAAAAGGCUUGAAGAAAAGGAAGAUAUGAUGAAGAUGGCAGAAGAAGAAAAGCAGAAAAUAGAGCAGAACUUGGCUUCUGUCAUGAUUUCACUCGAGGAACAACAGAAAUUGCUGAAGGAGAAAGAACAAACAGAAAAAUUGGAACAGUCCUGUGACCAAUUGGAUAAUGAGAAAUGUAAGGCUAAUGUAAGAGAAGCAGAUGUGACUGAAGAAAAUAAAGUGUUAAUGGAAAAAAUGGAUGAGUUAGAAAAACUGAAAAAUGAUCUGCACACGAAGGCACUGGAAUGCAGUGAGCUCAAGGAUUCUGUUUACAAUCUCAAAACACUGAAAACCAAAAGUGAGGAGAAAUUGGCCCAAGCAAAUGAAGACCACAAGCUUGAAGUAGCAAUGUAUUCAGACGACAUAGAGAAGAAAAACAGAGAGAUAGAGUCGCUGGAGGUAGAUGUUAAGGAAAGAUCAGAGAGGGUAGCAACACUGACUCAAGCAUUAGAAGCAAAGGAGAAUAGAAUCAAACAUUUGGAAAAGGAUAUUGAAGAAUUGAAGCUUAUGAAGGAGAGGGUUGUAAUGGAGAGUGAACAAAUGAUGGAGGUUGCUCAGGUAGAAGCAUCUCAGAAGGUGAAAGAACUUGAAGUGGAAAUUGAAAGGUUGACUAAAUUGUCUGAGGAAGUCAGUGAAGAUAGGAUGAAGAUGGUAGAGGCUAUUAACAGCAGAGAACUUGCUAGUAAAGACCUAUUAACAACUAAUAAUUCUUUGAAAGAGCAGUUAGACAGCUUACUAGAUGAGCACGACAAGUUACGGGAACGUUUUGAGGUCCAGCAUUCUGAAAUGUUGAAAUCGGUCGAAGAAACUCAGCUACUGGAAAAGGAACAGCAUGAACUGAACCAAACAAUUAAAGACUUGUUGGCAGAAAAGGACAAGUUGCAGAAUGACCUGGAUUUGAAACAAAGUGAAAUCAUACAGAAGGUUGAAGACAUGCAAGCACUUGAGGAUGAGCAUGAAAAAGUGAGGUCGGAAGUCCUCAGUCUCAACUCAAAAGUAAAGACUAUGAGCAAUCAGCAUGAAGCUGAUAAUAGUCGUAUAGAGAGUUUGAUUGCUAUCAUAGAGAAGUUUGAGGCGGAUGAAGUUGUGAAGGACAAUCAGCUGGCCCAAGCGGCAGUGUGGGAACGCGAAGCAUUAGCCAAGGAAGAGAGAAUCAAGAGUUUGCAAGUGACAAUGGAAACCCAGACAGUGAAGAUAGGUGAGCUAGAAAAGUCGCUUGAAGAUUUGCAUAAAGAAAACGAUGACCUGAAGAUGAUGAACAGUAAGAUGGAGAAAGAUGCUCUCAACAAGAAAAGAUUGUCUGAGGAAGCAGGAAGCCUCAAGGAAAAGCUGGCUUUGGCUGAAAAAUUAUCGGAUGAAGUUCAGUCCAAACUUGAUCUGGAGAUGAGACAGCAUGAAGAGGAACUCUCAGUCAUUGUAAGUGAAAAGCAACAACUCAUUGAGAAGCUGAAGACUAAGGAAGAGGAAUUAGCUAGAUUUAUUUUGGACAGCAGAAAUGGCCUAGAAGAUAUUCAGAGUUUGAAAGAAGAACUGGAAGGAAAGAAGGAAGAAGUGUCAAAGCUCUCAUUAGAAUUAGUGUCUCUCAAUGAUAAGUUGAGUUCUGUCACGGUAAUCAUUAAAACUUCUGAACAGAAGAUGCUUCAACAGGACCAGGAAAUAAAGUCCUUGAAGGAGGAAAAGAACUUGCAAGAAGAAGACUUCAAAGAACUGCAUAAUUCAAACAACCAAAAAAUUGAUGGUCUUGUAAAAAUAGUUGAGAAACUUGAACAUGACAUUUCAUUGAAGGAGGCAGAAAUGGCUAGAAAAGAGAGAGAACAUGAAAUUGAGGUAUCUAACAAUAGUGAAAAAGUAGAAACUUUGAUGUUAGAAGUAACAAAUAAGUCAUCGAAGCUAGCUGAAGUGGAAGAAAUUUUAAGAUCUGUAUGCUCAGAAAAAGCAGAAUUGUUAAAGAAAUUAUAUGACCUUGAGAAGCAACUGUCAGUUCUGAAACAAACUUCCAGCAAAAGUGAUGCUAUUGCUCAUUCAGAAUCAGUUGUCACUAAUGAUUCAAAAGACAAAAUUCAGGUAGAGUCACUCCUAUCAGAAAAUAAGGAUCUUGUUAACAAAUUAUUGGAAACUGAAGAGCAAUUAAAAGUUGUCAAGGGAGAGUUGGAGAAGACAGUGCAGAAACUACAGAGCAAAGAAGAAGAAUGCUCCAGAUUAGAUGCUGAAAUGGAAGACAUGGUUGAGUUUUACAAUAAGGAACGUAAAGAAAUGGGGGAAAUACUUUCUUCUCGCAGCCAGGACUUGCAGGGAGCAGAAGCCGAUAAGGAUCUUAUUAACAAAUUAUUAAAAACUGAAGAGCAAUUAAAAGUUGUCAAGAGAGAGUUGGAAAAGACAGUGCAGGAACUGCAGAGCAAAGAAGAUGAAUGCUCCAGAUUAGAUGCUGAAAUGGAAGACAUAGUUGAACAUUACAAUAAGGAAAGCAAACAAAUGGGGGAAACGCUUUUCUCUCGUAGUCAGGACUUGCAGAAGACAGAGGCAGAGUUGCAAGAAACCCGGGAGAAACUGAGUAAGUCACUAAUGACUAUGGACAUGUCAUCUUCUGAUGCUUCAGUAGCAGAUAGAAGUAUUCAUGAUGUAGUAAAAGCAUUGAGAGAAGAGUUGGCCCAUAAAGAACAAGAGUGUUUAGAGCUCAACAAAGAAAUGGAUGACAUUGUUGAACAUUAUAGAAAAGAAAUUCGUGAGAUUAAUGAAACCACCUGUUCAUGUAAGGAGGACCUACAGAAGGUGAAGUCUGAGUUGGAAAAGACAGUGCAGGAACUACAGAGCAAAGAAGAAGAAUGCUCCAGAUUAGAUGCUGAAAUGGAAGAUAUAGUUGAGCAUUACAAUAAGGAAAGCAAACAAAUGGGGGAAAUGCUUUUCUCUCGUAGUCAGGACUUGCAGAAGACAGAGGCAGAGUUGCAAGAAACCCGGGAGAAACUGAGUAAGUCACUAAUGACUAUGGAUAUGUCAUCUUCUGAUGCUUCAGUAGCAGAUAGAAGUAUUCAUGAUGUAGUAAAAGCAUUGAGAGAAGAGUUGGCCCAGAAAGAACAAGAGUGUUUAGAGCUCAACAAAGAAAUGGAUGACAUUGUUGAACAUUAUAAAAAAGAAAUUCAUGAGAUUAAUGAAACUACCUAUUCAUGUAAGGAGGACCUACAAAAGGUGAAGUUUGAGUUGAAAGAAAAUAAGGAAAAGGUGAGGAAGGCAGAACUGAUUUUGGAUGCUUCAUCAUGUGAUAGUUUGGUAGCAGACAAAAGUGUUCAUGGAGAUUGUAUAACACUCCAUAAAGAAAUGGUUGAUCAGGAAAAAGAUUUGAAUGAAAUAUCAGAAAAGCUUGAAAAAACGCAGAGUAGACUACACAGCUUGAACAUGACGAGAGAGAAUGUUGUUAGUAAGUCAUAUACCGAACACUCGGCACGCAAUGAUGUAACUAAUGAAGACCUACGACAACUUGAUCAACAGAAGGAUGUGUUGGAGGGGAAAAUUGUCUCUCUUAAGAAUGACUGUGCAAAACUCAAAGAAAGGUACAGUGAUCUGGAGAAGAAAUGUUUUGUUUUGGAGCAGAAUAAUAUUGCUUUACAAGAGGAAGUCAGGACUGGGAGCCUAGCUAAUGCUUCGUUAAUGGAGAAACAGAGAGAUCUUGAAAAACUCAAAGUGGUUUGGUCAGAAGAAAAAGAAAACUUAACUGCUCAGGUUAUCGAUUAUAAAAAAGAAAUAGGUAUUCUGAGGAAUUCAAUAUCAGAGCAGUCUGCAGGAGAACAAAUAGACACACUUUUGCAAAGGAUUAAAGUCCUUGAGAAAGAGUCAGAACUUAGUAAUAAGAAUUUUGAGAAUCUUGUAGAAGAAUGCUCUAGUUGGAAACUCAGGUAUACCGAACAGUUUAAGGAAUGUGAUAAACUUAAAGAGCAGAUUAGAGAUACAGAGGUUGAAAUGGAGAAGCAGCAGUUAGCGUUUAAGGAAAAAAUUGUAGAUCUGACCACUCGACUUAAUACAGUUUCAAAUAAGUCGUCCCUUGACUCUUCUAUGGGGAAGGAGGGUAAAAUUCUGUCACUGGAGCACCAUAGGGACCAGUUGCUGGAUGAGGUUGCGGUACUUACAGAAAAAAAUAAGCAAUUGGAAAAGUACCUGGAAGAUAUAAAAAAAUCCAGUGGUAUUGUCUCUUCUAACGAAGAGUUUGAUUUAGAGUUAUCUUUAAUCAAAAAGAAGUUGGAAGAAGCAGAAAAGGACCGAGACUUGUUGAAGAAGAAUUACAAUUACCUUGAACAGAAACAUGCUAAAUUACAAGAGCAGAAUGAACGAUUAGAAUCUGGAAGGCAGGCAUUAGCAGGAGUUGCAACCAGUAAUUGUACAUUGGAUCAGUUGCAGAGUGAAAAUGCACGCUUACUGAUGGAGAUUGCGUUGUUGAAGAAAACAGCUAUUAUGAAAUCAACAGAAACGGAAGCAGACACAGGUGCAAAGGAGCCUCUUGAAGAGCGCGUUGUGGAGCUGGAGCGGGAAAACAGCGAAUUACGUUUCAGAUUAAGGGCUCUCAAUGCUCCUGCUGAGAAGGAAGUCCAUACUCUUAAAGAUGAACUUUCAAAUGCCAAUGCUAAGGUAAACCACUUGAAAGCAGAGCUGCGCCGAAUCCAGAAUAGCAAUAACGUGGACUCAACAAUCUGUGAAAUAAGAGGAGGCCCUGUCUGUUCAAAGUUGUUUGACAAGGAGGAAGAGCCUUCAGGUGACAAAUUUGACUACAGCUCCAGGAGUGGCAUUGUAUCGGAGGUGCAGGUCAUGAUACUCCAGAACAAGCUGUACUGCCUUGAGAAAGAAAAGAAGACAUUUGAAAAUGAGUGUCGCAGUUUAGAGCAGCACAUCGACCAUUACAAGUCCAAAGCACAAGAGUGGAAAGACACUUGCCUGAAAGAACGUAGAACUGGGGAAAAACUCAAGAAAGAAGUUGAAUCUUGGCGUACCGAAGCUACCCGACUGAGAAAGGAGGUCGAGAAGUGCCAGAGUGAGAUCGAGAGACUGCAGUUUGAAAUUGGCAGUCAGAGACAGUUUAUUGAGAGGAUGGAAAACGAAAGGAAGGGAGCCACUCCUAAACCUGUGCCACUGAAGGAUCAGGUCAACGAUAACAGUACUACUGCAGAGAAAGCGGAAAGAACGUCUGACUCUGCCUCAUACACGCGCACACACGGAACUGCCAUUCCCAGUAAGACCCGUUUAGAGACCUUGCCUGUUGGUAGGACUCCAAGCAACCCACAGAGGGUAGUAGCAGAUAAAGAGCCCUUAUGGUACAGUGCAUAUAAGGAAAAUAAAGACUACUCAAAGUAUAAAUUGCCUCCAGGAUCAACUCAGAAAAAGAAAGAUGAAGACUGCAAAACUCAGUGACAGGAAAGUGUUUUAGUACAAAGUAGCUAUUAAGGUGCUUCAAAAACAGAAUGAACAGAAAAGACAUUUAGAGUUAUAUAUAUGGAUGAGACGAUUUAUUGAAUAAGAUAUUAAAAAUAGGAUUUUAUAGUGAUGGAUAUCUAUUGACUGAUUUCUCACUUUCAAACUAGUUUACAAAUAUGUGCUAAUUUUAGCGCCUGUGCUUAGGAGCUACAGUUGAGCAGAAUUUUUAAUAUACUUUUCAUUCUUGAUUAUCUGUCCUUUUAAACAAGUUUCAUGUUAUGACUAAUAUUUAGUUUUUCUAGUUUCUCAUCAUGUACCCUUAAUGAAUCUUGAGGAUUGUUUUAUUUUGUAAACGAUUAAGUUUUAUAAUAAAAUUUUUCCCAGAAAA